UUGAACGUCCCUUUUCCACCGUGAACGCCAGUUUAUGGUUGACAGACGGAACAGGUUACUUUCUCUUCUACACACUCAAAGCAGACGUCGUUUGGCAAACAGCAGAAAGGAAAUUGUGAAGCUUUCUAACUUAUCUUUGCAAACAUCUGCGAUAUGGCUUAUUCCCAGUCUGACAACGAUCUUGAAUCGGACAACUGUGGGGAUAUGUCUGAAAUCCACACGCGGCUCCAGUCAUUCCAUAACUUCCCCAGGGAUAACCUGGUAUCUCCUCAGAGGCUGGCCAGAGCUGGCUUUUUCUUCACCGGCAACUCCGACCGGGUCAGGUGCUUCAGCUGCAAUCACACCGUGGAGAACUGGAGCAGUGGGGACUCCCCUGUAGAGAGGCAUCAACAGGUGUCCCCUUGCUGCACGUACCUAAGCUGCACGCACAGAGUCCAGCCAGCCACGCUCAAUGGACACGCAGCCCCAUCAGCCAACAGUGCUCCGUACGAUGAGGAAAGAGAGGAUCUGGAAUACCGCCUGCGAACGGGAGAGGUUGUGGACGAGACUGACUAUCCAAAACGCCCUGACAUGUGCAGCGAGGAAGCCAGGCUGGACACCUUCCAAUCGUGGCCCCCGUCUGCCCCUGUGAGGCCCCGGGAGCUGGCCCAGGCCGGGUUCUAUUACACGAACUCCAGGUACUGGGUAGAGUGCUUCUGCUGCGGGGGUGUGCUGGGGAACUGGGAGCCUGGAGAUGAAGCCUGGAAGGAGCACGAGAGGCACUUCAGCAACUGCUUCUUCAUCCUGGGCCAUGAAGUGGGAAACAUUCCUUGCCAUGAGUCCCCGGACAUGGAUAGAGUUCCGUACAUGGGAUCGUAUGAGGAGCGUCUCAGCAGCUUCACUGGCCAGCAACCUCCCGUCGACCCAGAGAGGCUGGCGAGGGCUGGGUUUUACAGUACAGGUGAGUUGGACCAGGUGAUGUGUUUCCACUGUGCAGGGGUCCUGAAGGUCUGGCAGGCUGCUGAGGACCCCUGGGAGGAACAUGCCAAACACUAUCCAGGGUGUAGCUUUCUUAUUGCAGAGAAAGGCCAAGCGUUUGUGAACAGCAUCCAGUUAGGGAAUCCCUGCAGGAACUCUGCUGCAGAACGUGUUCCUAAUGGACUGGCAGUACAACGAGAAGAUUUGGGCAUCAUGCAGUCCUCUGUAGUGCAGAAGGCUCUGGAGAUGGGCUUCGAUGCUGCAGAUAUUGAGAGAACAGUCCGGGAGGGGCUGCGUAAGACUGGGGUGGAGUAUAACUCAGUGGAAGCUCUGAUCAGUGACCUGACCAGUGCUGAAAGCGAGUCAGAUGAAACACAAGAUAAUGAGGAGGAGGACCCUAUGGAGAAGCUGCGGAAACUACAGCAGGAGAAGCUCUGUAAAGUGUGCAUGGACAAUAACAUUGCCAUAGUCUUCAUCCCCUGUGGACACCUGGUCACCUGCAAGAAGUGUUCCGAGGUCCUCAGUAAAUGCCCCAUAUGCUGCACACCUAUCAUUCAGAAGGUUAAAACCUACAUCUCGUAAACCCUGAAUCAAUCAUGCUCCAGAGCGCUGAUUAACCCUGGGAUUACAUAUGACUGUUCAUGCUGUACUUGGUUAAAUAUAUACUAUAAGCAAUUGGGACUCCUAUCGGCAUAUUUUAAAGCAAGGUUAUGCUUUAUUUCAGUCCCUGCCCAUUACUGACUGUUGAAACGCCAGUAAGACGGCAGUUUUGACUGCUGACAUUACAAGCAGAGAAGAGAUUUUUUUUUUUUUGUGGUUUCGCAUUGCUGUGGAGCAGACACACUUAUAGUGUUUUAAAACUGUAAAUCAUAUUCAGUCAACUUUGGCAGAUUUGGAACAAAGCCACAGCAAACAGGCAGUCCCCAUUAUGACAUGUACUUCUCGCUGAAAUAAAAUGACAUUCCAUUCAGUAGAUUAACAGUGAAGCUCAAUUAAUAGAACUCUCUGCACCAUAGUAGAAAGAAUGUAAUUGAUACCCUAUUCACUACCUAAUAGCCCAUUCUCUCUAAGUAAUGCACAAUAAAUCUGUGUUGAAAACCUGACUGAGUGGCUUUAGGUAGUGUGAAUAGAGUACAAGUAGUGGAGAAGGAUAGCCUUAUUUGGGCAAACACAAAAAGGCUUUGGCGUUAAGCACUGAAUAGUUGGAACGGUGCGUUUGUUUGUAAUUUCUGGGCUAAGAAAGAUAAUAUGCCAACAGGAAAGCACAUGUAUGUGCCCCUAACACUGCCUCUCACAAGCCCACUGCAAAGCCAGAUACUGGCCUAGGAAGUGCGCAAUUUGAGAAAUUAAGAAUGUGUAUAUCUAUAUCUAUCGCUGCAUUUAAAUCAUGUUGGGUGUUCUGUAAACAUAAACUAAAGUUUCUUCAUCUUAACACUUUCUGCUUUAAACUAUUUAUACUAUGAUGUUGAUUCUCAUUGGUGGGGGGGCUUAGAUAUAUUUUAAAAUCAUUUAUUUUAGUCAAGCUAAAGAUAUAUAUGUAUUGUACAGAGAUUAUAGAAAUGUGCUUUAUAUAUUUUGAGAAGUAGUGUUAAUACAGUAAUCAUGACGUUUCUGUGUCCUACAAUCAUGUUCACUUUAACACUAAAAUAUAAUGUAAUUGUAAUAUUGUUCUCUAAUAUCCAGUGACAGUGUGAUUUAACUGGAGACCGAUGAUUUUGGUUCACAUAUUGGGGGUAUAGACAGCUUCAGUAACAUUGCAUUCCAACGGCUUAUCUUUGUAGUAGACUAUUUUAAACAAGUAUUUAUUUAAAACUUUCAUUGUGAUUUACUUGGCUUUGCAACAUCCCUUUUGUUAGAUGCAAAUUAAAUGUGUCAUCUUAAAUGUGUAGUACUGAACAGCAGUUAAGUGUUUUUAUUUUUCAAGACUUGCAGACGGUCAUUAGGAUGCAUGCACACUACUGAAACAUGCAGACGGAAAUAUGUUGUAUAUUCUAAAAGUCAUUUCCAAGCAAUAGUUUAGGCUAAUUAUCAUAAUGAUUUUCAUGAACCUUUUCAUACAGCCAAAUCUUUGCUGUUUUUAGCACAUGCUAUGUUUUAUUCAAUGAAUUAAUCUUUCUGAUAUGUAUAUUAUGUGCUUUUCUUGGUGAAAUAUUUGACUGUAAACUAUUUGUGUUUAUAAAUAUGGUAUCAUUUAUUUCUGGAGGGGGUGGUGAAUGAAACUGCAUCUUAAUAGCAAAAAAACAUUCCAUUGGCACACUUAUACAGUUGUUAGUCUUUAAAAGGCUGGUCUGGGACAUGUGAACAACUACUUCUGCUGAACAGAGAAGACUGGUUUGGUUAAUGUAAUAACAGACCAUAUGUGCAUGUUUCUAAUACAAACACAAUAUUAGUGUGUGCUACGAGCUCCAGUAUUCAUAGUAGGAGUAAUUGAGAGAUGAUAGUAUGUAGUGGAAUUGCCUGGCAUGAAGUUUU